AUGGACACCUACGAACAAAAUGUUAUGCAGACGAUAAACGUGGUACCUCAAGGUGGUAGCACUGAUAUGAUGAAGAAAGUGGAGAGAGCGUUGAGGCUCAUCAAGACGGUGGAGGAAGCUGAGCGAUGGAUGAUACUUAAUAAGCAGAACAUCCGCUUAUUCAAAAAGAUGUUGAUGUUAAAGAAAGAAAAUCCUCUGCGUCUUGAAGCUAAUAUUGGACUUUGUAAAUCAUACCAGCGGCAACUUCACCGACUGCGAUUAGAUUUAGUUAAGCAAGGUGGUGGUGUCACCAAAAAACAAAAUCGACAUCUAAUCUGGGAGACAAUUGAAACCCACCACCAGGGCAGGGUGAAGACUGGUAUGAUUACCAAUUUGGAUUAUAAAGAUCCAAAUAUAUUUUUCAACCGGGCAUUUCCAAUGUUUAGAAGACACGUUCGGCGUGAGCUAGUGAAUCAUCCCCUCAAGGUGUAUAUUAUGUUCACGGGCAAUUUCAUUAAGCCCAGCACCAAAGAGGAGGAUUUGAAAACUUUUAUAACGUCGGCUAAGGAAAUGUAUCUGACAACGGACAUGCAGGAGUGGUACAUUGAUCAUGUCAAAAACUAUUUGUUGAAAAAAUUGGAAGAAUUCCAGGAACGCGAUAGCGGUUGGGCUCUUGACAUGAUCAUAAAUAUUCGAGUCCACAUGAAUAAGUACUCUCCGAUCACAGCUGGAACAUUUUGCGAACUACCAUCUGCAAUUAAAUGUAGAAAAGCUGUGAUUAAUGUCCAGAAUAAAGACCAACAUUGCUUUUUAUGGUCGAUAAUGUCAGCACUUUACCCGGUUGAAAAGGAUCCUCAACGUUUAACUAAGUACCCGCACUAUAAAUAUCAUUUAAAAUAUGAUGGAUUAAAGUUUCCCAUGUCUCUGGAUCAAAUUAAUAAAUUUGAAAAGAUGAACCCGCAGCUAUCGAUUAACGUGUACGGCUACAAAGUUACGUUUCUACGUGAUUUAGAAAUUUUCCCUGUACGCUUGGCUCGAUCGGGUGUAACAAAAUUCGAGCAUAAAAUAUUUUUAUGUGAUCGAUGUCUCAACUAUUUUGCUACAGAAGGCAAACUCCAACAGCAUUCAGUAAAUUGUGGUGAGCAAGAAGCAGUGCGGGUACGAAUGCCUGAAACUGAUGACGAGCGGUUCGUUGAGUUCAAAGAUUUCAACAGCAAGGAACGUGUUGAGUAUAUGGUGUACGCUGACUUUGAGGCACUAUUGGUACCACAACAUCAUGAAGACAUGGAAAUGGAUCAUGGGUCUUAUACAAAAAAUAUUCAAAAACAUGUACCCUACAGUGUAGGUUACUAUGUUCAUUGUACCCAUGAUCCCAACCAAUCGUUUUAUAAGGCAUACCGUGGUGCUGAUUGUGUCAAGUGGUUUGUUCAUGAACUGGAACAAGUAGCGUACUCAUUAGAGCAAAAAAUAAAACACGUUAAACCAAUGUAUCCGCUCACCGUCGAACAAGAACUGGAUUUUAUGUCAGCAGAGAAGUGUCACAUUUGUGAUAAAGAUUUCGUAUCCAAUUCCAUACGUGUUCGCGACCAUUCACAUCGCACAGGUAAUGUAUCUACCGUGGAGCAGCACACCAAUUUUGUAAUCUGA